CUUGCUUUUGUAGCGCGAGGAGAUUGAUAUUAAAUUCUUUACUUGUUCCUUUACAGAUCCGCCAUGAGCGACAACGAGAAGGAGUUUGUGGUGAAAGUUAAGAUUGGAAGAAUGAAAAAGGUGGCCGAAGUCGAAUGUUGUUUAAAUGAGGCUGAAUUUUGCGAGUGCAUGCUAAUUCUGUGUGGCCAGAAGUUCUAAGAAGUUCCCCUCAUGUAGAGUGUUGUCACUUUGGAAGCAAUGAAUGGUUCAAGAUGAAGUACAGAAGUCAGAAUAAGAAACAGAAGAAAGAAGAACAGAAUGUUGGUUGAAGUUAAUCUCAGAAGUGUUCGGGUGGAUAAGAUGAAAGAGGGCUAAGUAAUGUGCAUUAGUCUGUUUUUGUAUGAAUAUCAACUCUCUUUCAUUAAAGUGUGCAUGCUACUCUUUCUGUCAUAAAGACAACGCAUUGUAAACGAUAUCCUAAUGGAUUUAAAACCAACUCCAGCUUUAACAAGUCUGUUUGUCAACAUGAUUAACCAAUAAAAGGUCUGGGGUCAUGACGUGAUGCAUGGGAAGUUCUCGCUCUGUUUCUGUCGUGCUCAUUUGGUUUGGAUUCAUGCAGGAGUCCCGCUCUCGGAGUGUGAGUCCCAGAGGCUCUGUGAAGUCCACCAGCAACUCGCCGGGAAGAUCUAAGGAUGGCUCUCACCGCUCUCGCUCCAGGUCCAAAUCUCGCUCUAGGUCCCGGUCGAAGUCCAGGUCCAGGUCUCGUUCCCACCGGAGCUCUCGUCGUCGUCACUCCCGCUCACGCUCUCGAAGGCGCCACUCGCGCAGCCGCUCCUACAGCCGUGAGUACCGACGCAGCCGAAGCCACUCGCCCAUGUCCAAUCGCAGACGACACGUCGGCAACCGGGCAAACCCUGAUCCGAACUGUUGCCUGGGUGUGUUCGGUCUGAGCCUGUACACCACGGAGCGAGACUUGAGAGAAGUGUUCUCCAAAUACGGCCCCCUGGCUAACGUCAGCAUCGUCUACGACCAGCAGUCUCGCCGCUCACGAGGGUUCGCUUUCGUCUACUUCGAGAACAAAGAGGACUCCAAGGAGGCUAAAGAGCAAGCUAACGGCAUGGAGCUGGAUGGCCGGCGUAUCAGAGUGGACUAUUCCAUCACCAAGAGACCACACACCCCCACACCUGGGAUUUACAUGGGGCGCCCUACUUACGGAGGAAGACCCAGCACCUCCAGUCGCUCCAGAGACUAUUACGAUCGGGGCUAUGACCGUGGCUACGAUCGAGGAUAUGACCGCUACGAAGAUCGGGAAUACUACAGAUCCUACAGGCGCAGGUCUCCUUCACCCUACUACGGUCGCGGAGGAUACAGGUCCCGGUCCCGCUCACGGUCUUACUCCCCACCUGUUGCACUGAACAGAAACGUACACAUGAAAGAAUGUGGGCGCUACUGAGGAAGCCGGAGUCGCUGUGUCGAACCGAUGGAGGGGAUUCUCUGCUUGUGGAUGAAAGUGAUGGCAGGAUCGGAGUUUUAGGUUUUUGGUGUGUUGUGUUUUUUUUAAUAAUGCUGCGCAUGUUUUGAUUUAAUCGUCUUCGUUUAUACUGAACAGUGCAUCUUCUACUUGUGUUAGAUUUGGAGUUUGAACAAGUGUGUUAUGUUGCAAUACACCAGUCAACAUGUCUGUCAAAAUCCUGAAACUUAAACAGCUGGCAAAUCAGAUGUAAAUUCAUAUGUUCUCAUUGUCCAAGAAAUAAACAGUAUUUUACAAA